AUGCGUGCUCCAGCCUUGGUCUAUCAAGGCGGACUUCGCCCGCUAAAGGGCGUUCGUAGCUCGAAUCCCAUCCGAGCAUUUUCACAGCCUCUUUUUGCUCAGUCUAUACGGCUGAGAUCAACGCUGUCCAAGAUAUGGGUUCCCACUGGCGGCGUCUCGGCCACUGAGGGAGAAACUGGUCAUGGCAAGCUCAUCCGAGCUGGAUUUCUACGUCAGGCACAAUCUGGAGUUUUCCAACUUCUUCCAUUGGGACUGCGUGUCCAAGAUAAGAUUGAGCGCCUCGUUGAUAAGCAUAUGCAAAAUCUGGGAGCCUCUAAACUGGCCCUCUCAACCCUCACAACUGAAGAGCUAUGGCGCAAAAGUGGCCGCCUAGAUAAAGUCUCUUCUGAGCUCUUUCGACUCCAUGACCGCAAAGAAGUACCCAUCAUGCUGUCACCCACACAUGAAGAAGAGAUCACGUCCCUUGUGGCCAGCACUUUGAAAUCUUACAAAGACUUGCCUCUCAAGCUGUACCAAAUCACACGAAAAUAUCGAGAUGAGAUCCGCCCUAGGCACGGUUUACUACGAUCUCGUGAAUUUAUCAUGAAGGAUCUAUAUACAUUUGAUUUGACGGUUGAAAAUGCCGUUGAUACUUAUCGCGACGUCGCCGCCGCCUACAGUGCCUUCUUCGCCGACUUGAAGCUGCCCAUAUUGGUAGCUGAGGCCAGCUCAGGAGACAUGGGCGGAGAGCAUAGCCACGAAUAUCACCUUUCUCAUGCCAUUGGAGAGGACACUGUCGCAUCCUGCAACAGCUGUGGCUAUACCGCCAACGACGAAGUAGCUGCGGCUCGGUCACCCGGGCAGCUUGCCGACGUUAUUUCAUCUUCAUCCUUUGGCAUUUGGCGCGGCAUUACAGACGACAGAAAGACACUUGUAAAUGUGUGGUACCCGCGUCUGGGAAACUCGCCAUCUGGAGACGUUUAUAAUAUUCAUGCUGUCAAAUCUGUCGUUCCCGAACUUGAUACCAGCGUUAGUGACGCCGUAUCAUUCUGGAAAGAGGCCGUUCAACAGGCAGAUGGGCAUAGUGGAGAGCUCCAGCUACUGAACGUCAUUGAUUCAAGACUUGCAACAGCUUUUGAGGAUCUUCACGGCGACCUCCCUCUCUUUCCUGCAGAUCUCGCGGGUGACCAAAUUCAGCAAUCAUCAAUAUCACAGACAACAGACGGCGGGGAUCUCAACCUUUUGCGCAUCAUCGACGGUGAUGGCUGCCCUCGUUGUGAUGCAGGGAAGCUUGAGAUCCAUCGCGCAUUGGAGCUAGGUCACACUUUUCUUCUCGGAACACGCUACUCAGAGCCUUUGGAGGCAUCUGUAGCACUCCCACAAAACCCAGGAGUCCAAGUUCCAGUCCAGAUGGGCUGCUUCGGCAUUGGCGUUUCUCGCAUUCUCGGUGCUGUGGCAGAACAAAUGGCGGAUGAUAAAGGACUCAAUUGGCCACGAGCUAUUGCACCCUUUGAGGUCGUCAUGAUUCCAACAUCUGGAGUCAAUGAGCAGACGUUGGAGUUUUACGAUACAUUAGCAAAACAUGAAGGCGCUGGUGCAGGACUGGACAUUGUUUUGGAUGACCGCAAGGAAGCAUUUGGAUGGAAGAUGCAGGACGCAGAUAUGACGGGCUAUCCUGUUGUAAUUGUUCUUGGAAAGGCCUGGAGAGAAAAUGGCGUCUGCGAAGUGCAAUGCAGGAGGCUUUCGGUGAAGGAGAAUGUAAAGGCAGAAGAUGUACCCCAAUAUCUGGCGGCUUUGCUGGAACGGCUAUAA